UGAAUUUCCGUGGUGUACGGGUGUUGGAAAAUCUCGAAAAUACACACAGACACAGAUAAGUUCCAGAAAGUUCCACAGGGAACGGUGUGUGUGUUUUUUUCCCUAUAUUUAAACGUUGGGCGUUCGACAUAGAAACGGAAACAUCAUCACAACACGAACAAGGAGGUGUUUUAAUCUUCAAUUACUUUCCAACAAGGCUCAAUCGAUUGUAAAGCAAGUGAGAAGAGUUAUACACGAAAUGUCUGCUGACGAGUACAAAGCACAAGGUAACACUGCGUUUGCCGCUAAGGAUUUCCAAAAGGCCAUUGAUCUGUUCACGAAGGCGAUUGAUGCCUCCACGACACCAAACCAUGUGCUCUACUCGAACCGUUCGGCCUCUUAUGCUUCUUUGAAGCAAUUCGACAAGGCGCUUGAAGAUGCACAGAAGACUGUUGAGAUCAAAGCUCUACAAGCAAAGAAAGUUUGACGAAGCCAUUGAGGCGUACAACAAGGCUUGGGAUUUGUAUAAGGAUGUCACAUACUUGAACAACAGAGCCGCCGCAGAGUUUGAAAAGGGUGACUACGAAAAGACGAUUGAUACCUGUAACGAAGCUGUCGAACAAGGUCGUUCUCUAAGAGCUGAUUACAAAGUGAUUGCCAAGGCACUGGCAAGAAUCGGUACCACUUAUGUAAAGCAACAGAAAUAUGAGGCUGCUAUUCACGCAUUCGAGAAAUCAUUAACGGAGCACAGAACACCAGAUGUCUUGACCAAAUUGAGAAACACCCAAAAGUUGCUGAAAGACUUAGAAGCUGAGAGCUAUGUCAAUCCUGAGAAAGCCGAGGAAGCCAGAGAAUUGGGUAAGGAGUAUUUCACCAAGGGCGACUGGCCAAAUGCCGUGAAGGCGUACACUGAGAUGAUCAAGCGUGCCCCAGAGGAUGCCAGAGGCUAUUCCAACAGAGCUGCUGCAUUGGCCAAGUUGAUGUCGUUCCCAGAUGCCAUCAAAGAUUGUGAAUUGGCAAUCAAGAAGGAUCCAAACUUCAUCAGAGCCUACAUCCGUAAGGCCAACGCUGAGAUUGCCGUCAAGGAGUUCACAAAGGCCGUCGAGACCUUGGAUUUGGCAAGAAGCAAGGACCUUGAAGUCAACAACGGCUCGAGCUCCAGAGAAAUCGAUCAACUGUACCAUAAAGCCAUUUCCCAAAGAUUCCAAGCCGAUCCUAACGAAACCCCAGAACAGACCAUGGAACGUGUUUCUAAAGACCCUGAAGUUGCAGCCAUCUUACAAGAUCCGGUUAUGAACUCCAUCUUGGAACAGGCCAGAGGUAACCCUCAGGCUUUGCAAGAACACAUGAAGAACCCAGAAGUUGCUAGAAAGAUCAACAUCCUCAUUGCUGCUGGUGUCAUUCGCACCAGAUGAAGAUAAUUCGUAUACUGCACCUUGGUGUCUUUAUAUAUAUCAUCCCUAAUCUCAUCGUUCCAUUACAAUUGAACGUGUUGUAGAUUCCAUCGU